AUGAAACCGGAUGGGGUUGCCAUGGAGCCCACAGAAGCCAUAGGAGCUGAGCCCUCUGCCCAGGGGAUGGCCACCGACGAGAUGGCCCCCCAGCCAGCCCCUGCAACUUCCCAGUCCCCUCCAUCACAGCCCGAAGACAGCCAAAACACCACAGCUCAGCCUGAAAACCCCACAGCAUCCCCUGCGUCCAAGGAGGUCAAUGGGGCCAAUGGCAAGGCAGCAACUGACCCUAAACCCAAGGCUAAGACCGUGGGCUUGGCUAAACCAGGGCACAGCACAGCUGGUAUCAAGACCACAACAGGUCCGGCGUCAGGACCCAGCACCUCUCGUCCAGGCACGGCCCCAAGCCACAUGGCCAACGGAUUAAAGCCCUCAGCCAGUGACCUGGCCAAGAAAGCAGCUCUGGACAAAAAGAAAAACACCACCACAGCUGGAGCACCGGCGUCAGCUGCAGCCACAAAGAGGUCUGUGGGGCCGUCUGCCGCUUCCACUGUCAGGACCCAAACGAAGGUGGCUGACAGGAAGGCUGUCGGAGCCCCCAGGUCCACCUCUGCUACCAGGCCAACCAAAGCUACAUGGACUGCGGCGACGGGGACUGGCACUCCAACGAGGAGACCUCCCCCAACUGGGCCCAUUAAUGGGGCCGGGGCCAGACCCAAAACCACAGGUGAGGAGGCGAACCAAAGACUAUACACACACACAAACAUACUACCGAGUAUUUAGUCUUGUUAAUCAUGCUUUGGUUAGACACACAGCUUUUGUUUUCCUUUGUCCCAUGUUGAGUUUUUAGUUACUGUCCUACAUUUUAGAGCUCACCCAAACCCACCUGUGCUUGGCUGCAGAAACAUUUGCUCUCCUCAACUCCUACUAGACCAGUCCUUCAUCCCAGUCCUCUGUCCUCGUCUUCAUUCCACUUUCCUUUUUCUCUCUCUCUCUCUCUCUCUCUCUGUCUCUCUGUCUCUCUCUGUGUGUGUGUCCUCUAGCUCCCAGACUUGCUGCCCCCAAGCCUUCCAGCACUUCAGCCGUGGCCAAACCCGAUAGGACGGCGGUUUCCAAGACAACCAGGUAAGGCAGCCUAUUCCGUGACAGCACCACCACCGGGCAUGCAAAGUGAUUUACAGGCCAGUGACAUUUUGUGACCAGCACCGGGCAUGCAAAGUGAUUUACCGGGCAGUGACAUUUGUGACUGGCAAGUGCGCAUUUGAAUGAACUCAAAGAGGGGGGAAAAAACCCAGGCACUGUUUAUAGUUCAAAAACAACUUCUCCCCUCACAUACACAAUACCUAAUACAAUCACCCAAGAUCUGAGGAGCUGCUUCGCACAAAAGGCAUCACUCGACAAAUCGGAUCAGUGAACGACUUGUUUUGCGAGGAGCUGAAAUGGCGUGUCGAUGAAAAGUGGCCAUUGUGAGGCCGGCCGGUCUGUUAUUGGGUUAGGUUUCCGACUGUGUCUCAAAUGGCACCCUAUAUUAUCUAGUGCACUACUUUUGACCAGGGCCAAUAGGGAAUAAGGUGCCAUUUGGGACGCACCCCUAGUCUACUCUGAGUCACACUAACAGAAAUAAACCUGAGACAGUGCUCUUCUAUCUCACACUGCCCCAGUCAGCACCACAGUGUUACUGAAUAACAUGGGUUAUUCCCCCCAAGGCGGUGGUUAUUCACUGGGGCUCUGGCCUCUCUCACACUCACUGGGAUGUUCCAGCAACACUACGGGUCUGUCUCAAUAAUUGUAAUGGUCUAAAGUGGCUACCUCAUCUCUUGAUGGAGAGGAGGUUGCAUUAGACUUUUGAGAUACACCCACUAUAUGGCUCCACACCUAAUCUCUCGUGGACAGACUGUGAACAUAAAUGGUAGCAUAGAUCUGUCACGUGGUCCUCUGUAGCUCAAUUGGUAGAGCACGGCGCUUGUAACGCCAGGGUAGUGGGUUCGAUCCCCGGGACCACCCAUAUGUAAAAAUGUAUGCACACAUGACUGUAAGUCGCUUUGGAUAAAAGCGUCUGCUAAAUGGCAUGUUAUAUGAUACAACGGAGCGUGAGAUAACGAGCAGCAUUAGUUCAUGCUUAGGACAAAUCACGAUUUCGCAGGUGUUAGCAUCUUUCGUAUUUCAGGAGGGGACAUUUGGCCCAUAGACUUGCCCGUAACUUGCAAAGAGAGAACACGGCUUCACCCGCUGUCUUCUCUUAACGCGCAUGGACCCAGAACUUAAUCGAGCAUCUGACCAAUUACGCAAGACUUUGGUUCUGGGUUAAUCGAGAUUACUCCACACUCAGGUCUCCACAGGACAUACUGUUCAGCUCUUAGCUUCAAUUUGAUUUCUCUUCUCCCACUUCUUCCCUAAUGCGCUGCUUUUAUUAUAUGAGACGAAAUGGUGAACUGACUCAAACCAGUUUAAUCUGUUCUUUCUGAAUCUGGGAACACACCUUACCACUCACCACCACCCCAUCUUUUGUUAGACUAAGGACAAGUACGAGUUGUCUCUUUCAGCUGGUGUUUUGACAGGUCUACGUGUUGGACUUGAAACUGGCACCACUUAAACUUGUGUAGAGUAGAGAUCUAUUUUUGCCUCGGUUGGCACUUAAUCUGAGCCUAUCUUAUUAAUGCAUGUGUCCCAGUGUCCUUAUCCUUUGAAUGAUGCAGUUGUGGGAUAGUUUCAGCUGCAGGAUUGUGGUUACAAUAGUUUCCCUGAGUGAAUGACACUUGUUUUGGAACAUUAUGACAUCAGGCAUUUUUCUGUGUGUGAUCACUGGUCAGGCAUGUGGGGGGUGGAUGGGGGGUGAUUUUCUUGGAUUUGUUGAACGACAUGGAGAAGCAGCAGGUCACUGUGUGUGUGUGAACAUACAGUGUGUGUUUGACAACAGUAGUAGUAGUAGUGUGCUUGACGACCGUAGAAGCAGGUUGUGUGUGUGAUCAUGCUGCUUGUGUUUGACGUCAGGAGCAGUGGCAGCCAGACUGUCUCUCCAUCCAUGCAGGGCCCUGUUCCUGACUCCCUGGGUGAGCCAGGGCUAGUGAACAGGCCUCUCCCAGCCAGAGCUGUGACUGCUGCUCUCUUCCAUUAGUCAUGAGUCUAUGAGCAGGGCAGACGGCCCGGGGCUCAUAUAUAAAAUGAAUGAAUAUAACGUAACAUUACUGUUCCGUUUCACUACCUGCAAUAAACCGUCAGACGGCCCAUAAGGAAUGUUCUAUAGAACGUUGCCAUAGUUACACAUUGGCAGAGAAAUAGGGUUUUCUUAACUAUUCAUCUUAAUUGCCCUAAGGGGUGAAAUAAAUUGUACUGGAUAAGAAGCCGAAAUCAAUGUAUUAGAGACGAACGGGUCACAACAAGGGUGAGUGAGAUUGGAUGGGAGCCUCAGAACAAGGGGAUUGUCUACAGUUGACAAAAGCAAGGGGAUUGAAGAGUGUGGCAACUGACAAGGUGAGUUAUGAUAAUGGAUUAAAGAGAAAAGGGCUGUUGUCGACUGUAAAUUAGCAGAUGUGCUGGAACCUUGAGGCAUCGCAGACCUGUUUUAACACCUGGCCUCGUGUGCCACGCUUCUGGCACACACUGCUGGGUUGUGUUCAGUAGGGCAAAAACAUUUUGAAACUGUGAAAGGGGGAUGUUCUACCUGAUCUUGUCCAGUAACAAACACUCAUUUUCUUUCUGUUGCAAAAUGUUUUGCUACUGUGUGCCCUACUGAACAUACCCCAGGUGAAUGAGUCCACCAAUCCCCUAAUGCAUCUCAUCAGAAGUGAUCAAGAUUGAUUGCCACACAACCAGUCAGACAGACAGCUGGAUGGCUUGAUUAUCUGUCUGGGCACAGUAGGGGGUGCCAUGGCGACGAAGGGGGGAUUCUAAUUGUAUUCUCUCCUCCCUCCUUUUCUCUCUUCUAUCUGGAGCCGGUGUCCUUGUCCUGUUUGAGCAGUCUGUUUUUGUCCGCCCCAUCUCUCCUCCUUUACGCCUCCCAACUGCCUUCUGUUUAUGUACACUGCCAGGAAUUUAGCCAGCACCCCUUCCAAACCCUCCCGCUGCUCCCCCCCCUCCCCCUUGAGCGCAUCUGUCAUUUUGGUGGGCCUUAAGACUCUCUCUGAGAAUUGGGAGGAAUCCAGGGUGUUUUGUAAGAUGGGAUAAUUUGUGUUGAGAGCCAUCCAUAUGGGAAUGCUGUCAAAAUGGUCACAGUAAUGAAAUGGCAGUUACACCUCAUGAUCUACACUGAACAAAAAUAUAAGCGCAACAUGUAAAGUGUUGGUUCCAUGAGCUGAAAUAAAAGAUCCCAUACAUUUUCCAUAUGCACAAAAAGCUUAUUUCUCUCAAAUUGUGUGCACAAAUUUGUUUAUAUCCCUGUUAGUGAGCAUUUCUCCUUUGCCAAGAUAAUCCAUCCACCUGACAGGUGUGGCAUAUCAAGAAGCUGAUUAAACAGCAUGAUCAUUACACAGGCACACCUUGUGCUGGGGACAAAAGGCCACUUUAAAAUAUGCAUUUUUGUUGCACAACACAAUGCCACAAUGUCUCAAAUUUUGAGGAAGAGUGCAAUUGUCAUGCUGACUGCAGGAAUGUCCACCAGAGCUGUUGCCAGAGAAUUGAAUGUUAAUGUCUCUACCAUAAGCUGACUCCAACCAGUGGUGGAAAAAGUACCCAAGUGUCAUUCUUGAGUCAAGUAAAGAUACCUUAAUAGAAAAUGACUCAAGUAAAAGUCACCAAGUGAAAUCCUACUUGAGUAAAAGUCUAAAAUUAUUUGGUUUUAAAUAUACCCAAGUAUCAAAAGUAAAAGUAUAAAUCAUUUAAAAUCCCUUACAUUAAGCAAACCAGACGGCACCAUUUUCUUAUUUUUUUUACAUUUACGGAUAGCCAUAAUUUACAAACGAAGCAUGUGUUUAGUGAGUCUGCCAGAUCAGAGGCAGUAGGGAUCACUAGGGACGUUCUCUUGAUAAGUGUGUGAAUUAGACCAUUUUCCUGUCCUGCUAAGCAUUCAAAAUGAAACUAGUACUUUUGAGUGUCAGGGAAAAUGUAUGGGCCUAUGCCCUCCCAGGCCCACGCAUGACUGCACCCCUGCCCAGUCAUGUGAAAUCCAUAGAUUAGGGCCUAAUUAAUUUAUUACAAUUGACUGAUUUCCUUAUAUGAACUGUAACUCAGUAAAAUCUUUGAAAUGGUUGUAUGUUGCGUUUUUAUAUUUUUGUUCAGUAUAUUAGAUGGCAGUCUAUGCAGGUCAGAUACCUUUUGACUUGCAGUCUGACUCAAACAUGCAUUAUAACAAAGAGGGUUGUUGAAUAACUAAAAGUAGAGAAUUGACUGUCACUCUAGCUCUUGUGCAAUGCAGUCACACAAUUUUCCUGUCCCAGCCUCCCUCUUUCCUUUGGGGAUGAAACCAUGCGAUUGGGGCGGCAGGUAGCUUAGUGGUUAAGAGUGUUGUGCCAGUAACCGAAAGGUCGGCUGGUUCUAAUCCUCGAGCUGACUAGGUGAAAAAUCUGUCUGUGCCCUUGAGCAAGGCACUUAACCCUAAUUGCUCUUGUAAGUUGCUCUGGAUAAGAGUGUCUGCUAAAUGACUAAAAUGUAAUGUAAAAAUGUAGUUUCGGCCCCAGUCUUGGCAGGGCAUAGAGUUACUAAACACAUCCAGCAUUAUGAUAGUAUAGUAGCUAAGGCCUCAGUAAAUGGGCUGUCUGGAUCAGUUGCUAGAGGUUUCCACAGCAGCAGAGGCACUUCAUUUAAGGCCCAUCUCUGGAUCUGUUGCUAGGGGUUACCACAGCAGAGGCAAUUAAUUUAAAACCUAGACAAAGCUGAUUUUAGGUCUUCUUGUUCUUUGCGGUGAUGGGAUGCUUCAUUGCCACUGGGACAACACAAGCCCCAGGAAUGCCUCCUGUCUCAAUAAGCAGCACAAGAGGGGGCUGUUUUUGGACGGCUCACAAGCCAAACAGGGCACUGUCAGAGGCAUCGUUCCAUCAGCUAGAAGGUGGCCCUGGAGAGAAGAGAGGGAGAGGAGAAACUCUGACGGGGAAGAUGGUCGUCCUCCAACAGGGAUAAAGUGUACCUCUGGGGCUCUAUCUCGCUCUGCUUGAUUAAAACUGCAUUUUUAAUCUGUCAACUUGCGGUGCCAAGGGAGUCUGGCUUCCUGGCUGUGUUUGACAUUGGAAAGAAGGGGAGGGUGAGGGGGGAGACUCAAAUGAAACUAUCCUGGCAACACUUUCGCUCUUACCCAACAGAUGUUACACAGCCUAUUGUAUUAUUGAUGCUGUCGUCACAUAACAUUGAUGAAUAUUGUUAAUUGCCAUUGAAUUCCUAAUUCAAAAGCAGAGUAAGCUGACAUUUUAUUGUAGAAAAAGGCUUGAGUGUUGUGCAUGAAUAAUACUUUCUAAGCUUUGAAAUGAAGCCUCUGUUUUUAUGGCAAAGCUUUAAUAGGUUGGCGACGUCUUGAAUACACCUGGUCAGUUAUUGUAUCCUCAAACCGGCUGUGAAUCUAUUGCACCACUAAGGUGUAUCAACCAAGUAUAUGCUUUGAAUCCCUUUGUUGACACUAACCAAUCCCGUGUAGCCACAACAAAUAUACCAAAGUAGCUGAACUACUGUGCCACCCAAGCAAUUAAUACUGUAUGGACUCCACUGAGCUUAGUCUCUCUGUGAAGACGAGAUGGUUAUGUGAGGUUAACGCUGUAAGCACAGAUGACUGACCUCGCCUCACCCCCCUCCACUCCAUCUCUCCCUCCUUCCUUUCAGAAGCAAUCGCUCUCUCUCCCCAUUUCCCCCCCACCUUAAUUUAGUGCUCCUGUCGUUUCACGUUCCCUACGCGGAACUCACCCAGAUACGAAGGCAAUCUGCCUCCCAUGUGCUUUUCGUGAUCUGUCCGUUCUCUCCCUCUUUCUUCCAUCAUGUUGUUCGUUCUCUCCAUCUGUCGCUCGCUCGCUCAUCACUGCGUACCUCCGAGUUUGUCGUUUCUUUCCCUCAACCUCUUAUUGCCUUCCUUUUCCUCCCUCGUUUAAUGGCCUCUCGUCUAACGCGGCUCACCCCGCCCGCCUGUCUUCAACUAAUGCCCCAUGUCAUCUGAAGGUACAGCAUGACAGUUGUCUCUUGUUUCGCUGCACUUUACCAUACAAUCAAGGUUCUGCUCCCUCUGUCCCAUCGACGGCCUCUAUUACUGUAUAAUAACGGCAAUACUUAAAGGCCUUUGAGUCUCCAGCCUUUAUUUGAUCCUGCUAACAAAUGGAAACAAAUGGCCUUUUGUUGGGAAGAGUCAGUGGGAGAGACAUUUGUGCACGGCCAGACCACUUCAGGCCCCUCGUACGUCCAUAAGUUUGUCAUUGUGAAUUAAUCUAUGUUGUCGGCUGUGUCAUACCAUGGCGAACCAAUCAAAAGAACUGCAAAACAGCAUGACGGAUAUUGGGGUAAUUGACGACGAAUCGCAAACACUGCCUUAAAACGGUCAGAUCCUUUGUUUUUUAUAAUCCUUUUUGUUUUAGAUGCUGUGUAUGUAUGAAUCGGUUCUGUAGUCAUAGAAAUGAUAUGGAAAGCAUUGAUUUGCACAAAUACAGUGCUGCCAUUGUUUCAUUACACCUGGUUCUUGUGUGUGCAGAAGAACUCUGGUAGCGUAGUAUAGCCUUAGGCUAAUCAUAUGAAUUGCCCAUAUAAGCAACUGUUUUGAAUGUAGGUUACUGUAGCGCUUUGUAGCAUGGGCUACAACUCAUCGCACAAGCCUGUCAAUGUGAAUGCCUCACACCAGUCUGUACAUGUAGAUUGCAAACACCAGUAUCACACAUGUAUCCAAGCAUUGCUCUGUAUACGUACGUAUGGCACCUGUUAAUGUGAACGAGCUGUUACAAAUGGCAGAUCUAGGAUCAGCUUACCCUCUCCAAAUCCAUUACCUCAGCCAGGAGAGGGGUCAUUUAGAAACUGACUGCGACUCUGUUAGGGGCUGAUUAAGCAUAUGGCUAUACAGUCACCUGCCACAACAAGACCACUUGGUUCUUCAGGUCAGGAGGUCAGACAGUAGACUAGAGGGAUAAGGGAAGUGGAGGGCAGUAGGAGGCUUGGGAAGGUCAUGCUCCAAAAGAUUAAGUAUUGCCCAGGGUCAUGUUCAUUACAUGUUCGCAAUGGAAAAGGUUUUGCAACAAAAGGAACAUUUGUGUUAUUAUUAGACAAGUUGUUAUUAGACAAGUACAUUACCUACUGUUUCAGUUUUGUGCCUACUGAACACACCCAGGAGUCUUGGGAAGGUUGAGCUCCACGGUUAAGAAGGGGAGCGUUUUAAUGGAUCAGUGGCUCAUGUCCACCUCCUCUAACCCCCUUAGAUUUGAGGGGUAGACUGGGAGCUUAAUAGCCCAUCGAUUAGUCUCCUCUCUGUCCUUGGAAAAGUACUACUCUCAACCCUCAGCGAGUGCGACCCUCCCCCACAUCCUGUUAUUUUUCCACAAUCACUCUUUCCCACUCCAUCAUUACCUGCAUCCUUUCCUCUUCCCCCACUAGGCUGGGAUUAGAAAAUGACUAUGCGAUGCGUUGCAGGCAGACAAUGAAUGGCCCUUGUUAAUGGUUUUCUGUUACCUCUUGAAAUUGCUUUUAUGUAGUGAAGGACAGGUUGUCUGACAACCAUUUACUCUUCUAGCUUACUGUAUGGUGAGCAGGUGAACAACCAGUGCUGACUUUCUCAGGUUUAGAGUGAAUUGAUCAUAGAAAAGUCCCAAGCCUAUUAGCGUACAUUAGGCAGCUGAUUGUAUGGUACUGAACCAAAGUCAUACACUGAGUGUACAAAACAUUAAGAACACCUGCUCUUUCCAUUAUUGACCAGGUGAAAGCUAUGAUCCCUUAUUGAUGUCACUUGUUAAAUCAACUUCAAUCAGUGUAGAUGAAGGGGAGGAGACAGGUUAAAGAAGGAUUUUUAAGCCUUGAGACAAUUGAGACAUGGAUUGUGUAUGUGUGCCAUUCAGAGGGUGAAUGGGCAAGACCAAAGAUUUAAGUGCCUUUGAACGGGGUAUGAUAGUAGGUGCGAGGUGCACCGGUUUGAGUGUGUCAAGAACUGCAACACUGCUGGGUUUUUCACACUCAACAGUUUCCUGUGUGUAUCACGAAUGGUCCACUACCGAAAGGACAUCCAGCCAACUUGACACAACUGUGGGAAGCAUUGGAGUCAACAUGGGCCAGCAUCCCUGUGAAAAGCUUUCGAUACCUUGUAGAGUCGGUGCCCCUACGAAUUGAGGCUGAGGGCAAAAGCGUCUGCAGCUCAAUAUUGUUUUGUACACUCAGUGUACAAUCAGUCAGUGGUAUUCAUUCUUGUGAACAGCAGAUGGUGUCCAUUUAGCCCUUGAGGGUCUUCUCUGAACUCAUUUUAUAUUAAAGCAAAUUGGGUCUGUUUUUAUUGUUAUGUGUUUAGUCUUGCCAUACAACAUACUCUUAAAUCCCAUGUCUGCUAUUGUCUGCUAACAUUACAUCUCUGCUAUUGUGAAAUUCAAAUCAAAUUUGAAUGGUCGUGUACACACAGUUUGCAGAGAUGCGGGAGUAGCGGAAUGCUUGUUCCUAGCUCCAACAGUGCAGUAAUACCUAACAAUACAUCCCCCAAAUAAAAUGAAAGGAAUUAAGAAAUAUAGAGACAUUAGAACCGCAAUGUCACAGUCUGUAAUGUAUAUGAUGGUGUGUAUAGACAUUAUGAAUAGAAAAGGUUUGUACAGCAGUAGUUAUAUAGGAUGAUCCUUGACUAGAAUACAGUAUAUACACAUGAAGUGGGUGAAACAGUAUGUAAACAUUAUUAAAGUGACCAGUGUUCAAUGACUAUGUACAUGGGGCAGCAAUCUCUAAGGUGCAGGGUUGAGUACUGGGUGAUAGCCGGCUAGUAACGGUGACUAAAGUUCAGGGCAGGGUACUGGGCGGAGGCCAGCUAGUGGUGACUAUUUAAGUCUGAUGGCCUGGAGAUAGAAGCUGUUUUUCAGUCUCUCGUUCCCAGCUUUGAUGCACCUGCACUGUCUCCGCCUUCUAGAUGGUAGCGGGGUGAACAGACUGUGGCUCGGGUGGCUGAGGUCCUUAAUGUGAUCUUCUUGGCCUUGCUGUGACACCAGGUGCUGUAGAUGUCCUGGAGAGUAGGCAGUGUGCCCCCGGUGAUGCGUUGGGUGGAUCUCGCCACCCUCUGGAGAGCCCUGCGGUUGCGGAGGGUGCAGUUGCUGUACCAGGCGGUGAUACAGCCCGACAGGAUGCUCUCAAUGGUGCAUCUGUAGAGGUUCGUGAGGGUCUUAGGGGCCAAGCCGAAUUGCUGUUGCGCCUUCAACACGGUCUGUGUGGAUGGACCAUUUCAGGUUGUCAGUGAUGUACACGCUGAGGAACUUGAAGCUUUUCACCCCCUCCACUGCGCUCCCGUUGAUGUGGAUGGGUGCAUGCGCCCUCUGUCUCCUGAAGUCGACAAUCCGCUCCUUUGUUUUGUUGACGUUGAGGGAGAGGUUAUUUUCCUGGCACCGUUCCACCCUGUACGCUGUCUCAUCGUUGUUGGUAAUCAGGCCUACAACUGUUGUCGUCUGCAAACUUGAUGAUUGAGUUUGAGACGUGUGUGGCCACGCAGUCAUGGGUGAAGAAGGGAGUACAGGAGGGGGAUGAGCACGCACCCUUGUGGGGCCCCCAUUUUGAGGAUCAGGGUGGCGAAGGUUGUGUAAGUCCAGGACCUAGUUGCACAGGGCUUGGUUCAGACCCAGGGCCCUGAACUUAGUGAUGAGCUUGGAGGGUACAAUGGUGUUGAAGGCUGAGCUGUAGUCAGUGAACAGCAUUCUUACAUAGGUAUUCCUCUAGUCCAGAUGGGAUAGGGCAGUGUGCAGUGCGAUGACGAUUGCGUUAUCCAUGGAUCUGUUCGGCGCGGUAUGCAAAUUGAAUUGGGUCUAGGGUGUCUGGUAAGGUGAACGUGAUAUGGUCCUUAGCUAGGCUCUAAAGCACUUCAUGAUGACAGAAGUGAGUGCUACGGGGCGAUAGUGAUUUAGUUCAGUUACCUUCGCUUUCUUGGGUACAGGAACAAUGGUGGACAUCCUUGAAGCAAGUGGGGACAGCAGACUGGGAUAGGGAGAGAUUGAAUGUGUCCGCUAACAUUACAUGUCUGCUAUUGCUGUACUGUAUCAUUACGCCCUCUUGGUCAGGUUAUUGUAGACGUGAAUGUGUUCUCAAUAACCUACCUGGUUAAAUAAAUGAAUUAAAAUGUUGUUCUUCCCCAGGCCUGCCACUGGUCACACUGGCCUGUUAAUUGGCACAUCCAAGCCAGCCGCUGCUGGCUCCAGCAGACCUGCAGCUUCCAGAGUCGGCACCACAGCCCCCUCUACUGGCAGGACUACCACAGCGCAGGCACCCAAACCUUCAGGCCCUGCCAAGAAAGGUGCACAUGCCUUACAAGUUGUUUUGUAACAUGAAUGAAACCCACUUGAAUCUAGUUGUAUUGAAUAAUAUAUUAGAAAUGGUAGCAAUUGGUGCCGACAUCAACUUGAGAAGGUACCAUUUUAUAUUUUUAGUUGUAGUCUUUAAUUAUUUCUGCUCUGUUACAGAUGUCAGCAGACCAGCAACCACUGCCGCAGCCAGAAAGCCGGCAACAUCCGCCGCUACCAAAACGACCAAAUCUGACCCCCCUAAAGCGGCUGCAGCCUCCAGACCCGAGGCCACCUCCAAAAGGCCCCUUCCCACCAAGGUGGCAGACACCAAGCCAGCCCGCCUUAAACCACAGGACCCCAAGCCCCUGCCCACACGUAAAGCACCUCCCACCACGCGGCCCCCUGCCACCCGACAGCCCCAGGGCAAGACCCCCCCUGUCUCCCCCAGCAACAAGCCUGUGGGCAGCACCACCCCCAAGUUGGUCAAACGAGGCUCCAAACCCACCCAGUCUGUCCUGCCUUUCAUUGCCAGACCUGGAGCUCCCAAGUCUGCAGCCACAGCAUCUGCAGCAGUGGCUGCUACAGCAGCAGCUGCCACGGCAACAGUCGCCGUGACUGACGCAGCAAAGCCAGAAGUGGCAGCUUCAGAAGUCCCAGCUCCAGCGUCUUCGCCAGCAGUGGCCCUGGAGUUCCAAGAAGAGGUUUCAGCCCCAACUCCUCAGGAUACUACUUUUCCAUCUCCACCACAGAGCCCACUCAGGCUGGCUCCUGCUGCACCACAGGGCUCACUAGUCACUGUUGCCCAGGAGGAGGGGUCUGAACGACCAGAGACUGCCCCAGCAGCCCCGACACAGCCAGCACCAGACCAGACCUUACCCCAGGACAUCCCCACAGCAGUGGCUAGGGCUAUACCCAGCCCUCCGGAUGCCUCCGAGAAAGCCCAGCUCAACAUGGACGAAGAGGAGGACGAGGAGCGGGAGGCCAGCCAGCAGGUGUCCGUGUCAGAAAUGAGCGGAACCCAGCCCACAGAAGAGUCCAGGCCUGGCUCGGCCGGCCCUGCGGGCUCGGGGUGGCGUGCAGGCGGCGCACUGCUAUCGGAGCUGGACUCUGAGGAGGUGAGCUGCAGCCAGCAGGGGGCGUCGGAGCUGAGCGCCCCGGGCGUCCUGGAGGGCACAGAGAGCAUGGAUGACCUAGGAGACGCCAGUCUGAAGGGCGCCAUCGACAUGGAGGGCAUGUCUGCCUCGGCUGGCUCGCCUGACUUCGAGAAGGUGCCCGACAUCCCGACCAAUGAUUUUGAUGACUACGAUGAAGAUGGAGACCGGGUGUGUGACAUGGAGGUGGGUUCAGAAUGGGCGGAUGACCCGAGAAGAGUAAGGCAUGACGAGGAUGAGGAUGAUGAAGAUGUGGAGAUGGCCAGUGAGGGGGUGACUGAGAGCGGGCUGGAGAGCUACGGGAAUGCAGACGAGGAUGACUUUGCGGAGGAUGAGAGACUGGACAACCUGAACCGAGCCCCGCCUGCCCCGCUGCUGCCCUCUGCCCUGGCUGCCCAGUGGGACCAACCCAACCCCAACUCCUUUUGUGACCCCUGGGCCCAGCCGCACCCCCAGGCUGCCUCAGCCGGCCCCCUGCAGACCCCUACCAGCCCCUCAGACCCCUGGCAGGCCGAUAUGGAGACACCCACCCGGCACUCUUCUCAGCCCUGGCUGCAGCUGGCUGCCACACCAUUUGUUCCAGCCCUGCAAGAGCCCUCACCCCAGCCUGCCCCUGCAUCUCCACUUGAGAAAGACACCCUAGCCCCGAUGCAGUCCCUGUCCCCCACAGCUGCCUCCGGCCGUGGCAUGUCACACUCCAGCACCCUAAGCGCUACAGAGCUGGCUGUCCACAGCAGCAGCGAGACCAGCACCCCAGAGGAGCUCUGCGACUACAACAGCAGCUCCGGGGUGGAGUCCCGCUCUGAGGGGGGGAAGCUCCACACCCCGCCUGCCGCCCUGGCCCCCGUGCUCUCCCUCCAGCCUGACCUGGAGGACCAGGACCUGGGCAUCCACCUGGAGAGAGGGGACGGAGAGGGGGAGGAGGCAGAGGCCCUGCAAGCCGACCAGGUCCCAGGGGACCCCGCCACAGCACCCACGUCCAACCCCUCGUCGUCCUCCACCACGGAGGAUGAGGCCAGUGACACGGAGGGCGAGGCCCAGCUGGACGAGCUGGGCCAGGGCAUCCAUAACGCCACCUUCGACAGCAAGCCCGGCGCCCAGCGCUGCCUGUCCGCCCUGGAGGAAGGGGAGGAGACCAGCGGAGGCGCAGAAGAGGGCGGAGACACCCCCCAGUCUGCCAACUCGGCGGCAUCCUACGCCUACGACAUGACUGCGUCCAACUCCAAUGCCCACUCCACGGCUGAGAGCUGCACUAAGAGCCCUGGCAUCUUCUCCCUGGAGGAGCUUCCUGAGGAAGCCAAGGACCCGUCGCUCAUCCAGGAGCUGACCCUGCCGCCGCCCCAGCAACAGGCUGCCUUGGCAGACUCCCUUCCAGUCUCCAACCCAGAGGAGCAGCAGUACAUGUUGUGUGGGAAGCUUGAGGCAGAGCUGGGGGACACGGGGGAUCUGAAACCCCUGGACCCCGCGCUGUUCGCGGCCCCCCAGCAGCCCGGGGAGGGCCCCCGUGUCACCCAACCACCCUACUACUCCACUAUAUGUGAAAACACUGAGAACUCUCUCACAGGUAACGUAUAGUCCCGCCCCCACCCCACCACACCUCCCUACAUACCCAGUAACGCACCUUUAUCGCACCUUCAUCGUUGUUUGUCUCCAAUCUCUCCGACUGGGGUGGAUGUGAUCAAAAUGUAGAAGAAGGGAAGGGAAGAAAGAAAGACUUUAAAUACAGCAGUGCCACUUCCCUCGUAUGAUAUCACCUUAUGAGGAUAUGGCUUAAAACUCCUGUAUGUGCAAUAGCUAUUACUAUUACUAUUAGAAUGUGUGAUUUCUUUUCUUUUUUUAAAUUAACAUAUCCUGAAACAUGAACUGGCAUGGUUUGAUUUGGAUUGACUGGGUUGUUGUGAAGCAGCUCUUAAGAAACGUAACAAAAGAAAAUGUGGGAUGAAAUGUUAAACUUUGUAUUUAUCCGACACUUUUUACUGAACAAGAAAAUGCUGGUGAAUGUUGAUUGUAUUUUGUUGCUCUUUUCCAUCAUUAAGAAACUGACAUCUGUCCUCCUUCCCCUCCCCCGAGCACUCCCCUUUCCUUCUGCACUUUAAGGUUAGACUGCCCCCCCCCCCCCCCUCUUUCUUACGUUUGUCCUUUUGGAGUAUUUACCAUUACCAAGCUUUAAAUAAAGAUUAGAUAUUUAACAUGACUCCUCUCUCCCGGACAGUUUUAUUCAAGUGGGGAUUGGGGAGUUGGAUGGCACAUUUGUACUUAUCAGAGAUAUUAAGUCGUAUAACAGAAGUCGAGCUUGUGUCAAAACCUUAUGUGGGAGACAUUAUGUUCAGUGAGGGGAAAAAGUAUUUGAUCCCCUGCUGAUUUUGUACGUUUGCCCACUGAUAAAGACAUGAUCAGUCUAUAAUUUUAAUGGUAGGUUUAUUUGAACAGUGAGAGACAGAAUAACAACAAAGAAAUCCAGAAAAAACGCAUGUCAAAAAUGUUAUAAAUUGAUUUGCAUUUUAAUGAGGGAAAUAAGUAUUUGACCCCUCUGCAAAACAUGACUUAGUACUUGGUGGCAAAACCCUUGUUGGCAAUCAGAGGUCAGACGUUUCUUGUAGUUGGCCACCAGGUUUGCACACAUCUCAGGAGGGAUUUUGUCCCACUCCUCUUUGCAGAUCUUCUCCAAGUCAUUAAGGUUUCAAGGCUGAUGUUUGGCAACUCAAACCUUCAGCUCCCUCCACAGAUUUUCUAUGGGAUUAAGGUCUGGAGACUGGCUAGGCCACUCCAGGACCUUAAUGUGCUUCUUCUUGAGCCACUCCUAUGGCCGUGUGUUUUGGGUCAUUGUCAUGCUGGAAUACCCAUCCACGACCCAUUUUCAAUGCCCUGGCUGAGGGAAGGAGGUUCUCACCCAGGAUUUGAUGGUACAUGGGCCCCGUCCAUCGUCCCUUUGAUGCGGUGAAGUUGUCCUGUCCCCUUAGCAGAAAAACACCCCCUUAGCAUAAUGUUUCCACCUCCAUGUUUGACGGUGGGGAUGGUGUUCUUGGGGUUAUAGGCAGCAUUCCUCCUCCAAACACGGCGAGUUGAGUUGAUGCCAAAGAGCUCCAUUUUGGUCUCAUCUGACCACAACACUUUCACCCAGUUCUCCUCUGAAUAAUUCAGAUGUUCAUUGGCAUACUUCAGACGGGCCUGUAUAUGUGCUUUCUUGAGCAGGGGGACCUUGCGGGCGCUGCAGGAUUUCAGUCCUUCACGGCGUAGUGUGUUACCAAUUGUUUUCUUGGUGACUAUGGUCCCAGCUGCCUUGAGAUCAUUGACAAGAUCCUCCCGUGUAGUUCUGGGCUGAUUCCUCACCGUUCUCAUGAUCAAUGCAACUUCACGAGGUGAGAUCUUGCAUGGAGCCCCAGGCCGAGGGAGAUUGACAGUCUUUUGUGUUUCUUCCAUUUGCGAAUAAUCGCACCAAACUGUUGUCACCUUCUCACAAGCUGCUUGCCGAUGGUCUUGUAGCCCAUUCCCAGCCUUGUGUAGGUCUACAAUCUUGUCCCUGACAUCCUUGGAGAACUCUUUGGUCUUGGCCAUGGUGGAGAGUUUUGGAAUCUGAUUGAUUGCUUCUGUGGACAGGUGUCUUUUAUACAGGUAACAAGCUGAGAUUAGGAGCACUCCCUUUAGAGUGUGCUCCUAAUCUCAGCUCGUUACUGUAUAAAAGACACCUGGGAGCCAGAAAUUCUUCUGAUUGAGAGGGUCAAAUACUUUUUCCCUCAUUGAAAAUGCAAAUCAUUAUACAUUUGACGUGUUUUCUGGUUUUUUGUUGUUAUUCUGUCUCACUGUUCAAAUAAACCUACCAUUAAAAUUAUAGACUGAUCAUUUCUUUGUCAGUGGGCAAACGUACGAAAUCAGCAGGGGAUCAAAUACUUUUUUCCCUCACUGUACCUGUGGGGCAUAUGGAUUCAAAAGCACUAAUGGUCUCCCAGCAAGGAAGCAUUCAUACCUACAUCCUCACAUGCCUAUAAACACAUACAUCUUCACCCUACUCCCACCAUCCAGAAUAGGACUCAACAGAGACAUGGAGGAUGUCAAACUCCCCACCUCCCCUCUGCUCCUUCUCCCCCUACCUUCUGUGUGUCCCCCCCCCGCUAUGUAAGACCUGGUGGAGUGACCCUUCCUUGGUCAGCUGGAUCCCUCCAUCACCAAACGAACUGAGAAACAACAUCAAGAAGGUUCACCAUCAUCCAAACAGAAGAGAGGAUAUCCACCAGUGUUUUUUCUUUUCCUCUAGUAAUGUGUGUUUUGCCUUUUUGUUUCCGUUCUGCCUGGCCUCUGCAUUGUUUGAGAUCACUGUUGUAUCUACAAGUGCAUGUCCACCGCACACCAUUUAACCGCACUGUUGAACUACUUUACACUUGGGACGCCUUGUUUGCAUGUCACUGACUGACUGACACUCAUUGGCUUUGGUUUGUUGAGGGCUUGGUCCCAAAUGGCACCCUAAAUAAUGCAUGGGCCCUGGUCAAAUAUGGUGCCAUUUAGGACGCUGUCCAGUUCACAUGUGGUGCUGCUGUCUUUAUGUACUGAUGCAUGGUGAAAGGUCUUGUCUUGCAUGUGUUUCCCACGGGGACGGAAGGAAAUGGUUGUUUGCUCACAAGCUUUUCUUUAUUUUUAUAUUACAAGACUAUAGUUGGUAGUUACUGCAUAUACAGGAAGUUGGGCUGCUUUAUUGCACAAAACCUUUGCACAAAAGAAAUACUAUCAGCAUAUUUUGUUUGGGAAGUCAUAUUUUGAAAAGGUUAAUGAAAUAGAUGGCUAUAUUUGCUCUCUGCUUCAACAUCCCCAACCAAUGCCCCACCCCUCCCACCUCUCCCCGCUGUCACCAUUUCUCCUGUGCUCCCAUUGCUUCACUUCACCCCUGUCCCCACCUCUUUUUACACGCUUUGCUUUUCAGGCUCUCAAUGUUGCACACCUUGCCCAUGAUAUCAUGUGAGUGAGGAGGUAGUUCCUGGGUUCAGUAGGUCAUAUAUUGACACACCUUGGCUCUCCUAAACCAUUAAGCCCAGCUACAAUUGUCAAUUUAGCGUUCAAACAGCCCCUAUGCCAGAAAUGUAUGAAUAUCUACAGGUAACUGCCCAAAUAAUGGAAAAACGAGUAAAUGAGGGUUGCAAAGUAUAUUGUAGCAGGUGCUUCCACACAGGUGUGGUUCCUGAGUUAAACAAUUAACAUCCCAUCAUGCUUAGGCCAUGUAUAAGUAUACUGGGUUAGCUAUUAUUUUGGCUACCAUGGCUAUGCCCCCCUAUAGGAUGACAAUACCUCCCACAGGGCACGAGUGGUCACUGAAUGGUUUGAUGAGCAUGAAAACGAUGUCAACCAUAUACCAUGGCCGUCUGUCACCAGAUCUCAACCCAAUUGAACAUUUAUGGGAGAUUCUGGAGCGGUGCCAGAGAUUUUCCACCACCAUCAUCAAAAAUGUAAUUUCUCGUGGAAGAAUGGUGUCGCAUUCCUCCAAUAGAGUUCCAGACACUUGUAGAAUCUAUGCCAAGUUGCAUUGAAGCUGUUCUGGCUCGUGUUGGCCCAACACCCUAUUAAGACAUUGGUGUUUCCUUUAUUUUGGCAGUUACCUGUACAAUAUAUUAGUUGUAAGUUGCCUGUGAUGAUACACAAUACAUCACUUUUCAAGCCAAAAUUACAAUCUCUCGAAGCUACAUAUUUACUGUGUGUAGAAUACCAGGACACUACAUCAGUCUUAAACUCCUCCUACUAAAGUCUCCUUGGUAGACUACAAUACCCACAGUCUCUGUUCUCUGCUCUCACCCACACUGCACCGCUCUCUCUCACUUGUCUGUCUUUCCCUCUUUCUAACACGCCGCCUGCCGGGUGAUCUCCACUUCCUCCUCGCAGGGCUCAACGCACUCCCCCAGCCACACUACCGCCGCGACCACCACCACGACCCCAAGCCCCACUGUGACCUCUUGACCCCACCCAGGCUGACCUGUGCUGACCUGCCCCCCCGGAGCCCUCGCCUGCAGGCCAGCCCCCAGCUCCGCAGACUGGAACGGCACCAGCAACAACUACUAGAGAUGCAGCAACGCAGAGAACAGCAGGGCAAACCCAAAGAAGAAAAGGACGAAGAGUCGAGGAAGAAGAGAGAGGAGAUGAAGAAAAAGGAGGCGGAGCAGCAGGAGGAGAAUCUGAGGAGGGAGGAGCUGGAGAGGCAGCAGCGGGACCCUCCACUUCAGCUGCAGCAGCAGCAGGAGGAGCUGAAGCAGAGACAGCAGAUCAUGCAGUGGCAGCAGGAGCUGGAGGAGCAGACGCAGCAGACGUCACCGCAACAACAACAGCCCCAAAAAGGUCAGGCAACAGUGCUGCUUUCGCCCUCCUCUGGUCUCCAUACCAUUUAUGAAGCCUUGGAGAGUGAUGAAGAAGAGGGGAAGGAAAUCGAGGUUCAUGUCCAGCUUGAGCAACAGGAAGAAGCACCGCUGGAGAAAGAGGUUGACAGUAACAGCGACCGUCGAGAGGUAUUGGACGAGGACGGAGCCGAUAGCAAGUCCACCUCUACUCUCAGUCCCUCUCCAGACUCCCCCGAGCAAGGAGAGUCCCGGGAUGCCGCCUCAGCCCCCGUUUCCCCAGAAUGCCCACCUCCCCUGGACCUGGAUUGGGGGAAGAAAAUUGAUAUUGUCCAGCAGCUGAUCAACCAAACCCUGCUGCUGACGGGCAACGGCUGCUCCUCCCUGGUCCUGCUUCCUGGGGGCAGAGGGGGCACCCUGAGCCCCCUGGAGGCCAGCCUGUGGCCCAACCUGCUGCCCCCCCUCACCCCUCCCUCAGCCACGGUCACGUCGGUCAGCAGCUUCUCCCCGGAGGCCCCCGGCCAGUCCCCCCAGGGCGAGUGGACAGUGGUGGAACUGGAGACACACCACUGA